CUACCCUACUGUUUUGUAACCGUCGGUCUCCAAUGAAAGCUUUUUGUUUUGUAGAUGCGUCUUAUAAGUCAGAUCAAAUUGUAAACAUUCCUAUAAGUUGUCACCAACAGAUUCAAUAUUUUCCAUCAAGAAUGACAACUCUCUGGGAUCUUGCUUUAGACAAGGCAGCAAAAACUCAAGAUGAAGGAAAUACAGCAGAAGAAAACUCUUUAUUUAUUAUUGGAGCAAAAAACGCUGGUAAAACAUCGAUUAUCCUGAGGUUUCUGGACAGGAAUGAGGCUCCAAAGCCAACCGUUGCAUUGGAGUAUACGUAUGCUAGACGAUCAAAGGGUCAUAAUAUGGCUAAAGAUAUAGGUCACAUUUGGGAGCUAGGAGGGGGCACCUGGCUGUCCAAGCUGAUGGACGUUCCAUUGAACCCAGACACCAUUGACCAUGCAGCAGUUAUUAUAUGCGUAGACCUCUCUAAACCAGAUGAGAUCUGGUUCACACUUGAGUCGCUUCUUCAAUCCUGUCGCACUCGUAUUGACACUGCCAUCACUGAAAUGAAGCAAAGCCAUCCAAACAUUCGAGAUAUUUUGCAGCGUCGCGCGGCAGACAGUUUUGGGGUUGACCAUGAGGACAAGAACAUGGUGGAUUUGUUUCCUGUGCCCCUGAUUAUUGUUGGGACAAAAUAUGACCUAUUUCAGGAUAUGGACUCUGAGAAGAGGAAGGUGAUCUGUAAGACUCUACGGUUCAUUGCACACUCCAAUGGAGCCACACUUCAGUUCUUCAGUAUCAAAAUAGAGCAGCUUGUUCAAAAGGUACGAGCAGUGAUGACCAACCAGCUAUUUGGGACCACACCAAGCAAAGCUAUUCAAAUAGAAUACAACAAACCGUUGAUGGUGCCAGCAGGCCUUGACUCAUUGCAAGCAAUUGGACCUCCGCCAUUAUCAGAUAAAGACAUUGGCAGAGUCAAUGCAAAGAAACCGAUAGACCUUUGGAAGCACUGCUUUACCAGCUAUUUUCCACAGACGAACACUGACAACCCUGCUAGAGUGGAGGACCCCAGUAAGGAUCCCAAGUAUGCAGAGCCUGCAAUCGACACAUUGAGAGUCCAGAAAGAUGAGGAGUUAGAAAGGUAUCGUCGACAGUCUGAAAGAAGAGCACAGAAGAAAACGAGAUAUGAUGAAAUUCGGGCUUGAAAUUCUCACAAAGGCGAUCAUGAAGAGACCAUUCCGUCCAGUGACAGCUAGACAUAACAACUGACCUAUUUAUCAAGAUUUUUCCUUUUCCAGCAUAUUAAAAGGAAUUAAUGCGUACUUUGUAGUGUCAUUCUUAAGGACAGAUCAAGACGUGGAUUAUGUGCAUACUUUUCAUUAAUUUACAAAUAGAUGUAUUCUUUCCUUUUUAAGGUGUAUUAAUAACAGUUCCAUUCGGAAAAUGUAGCUUGUGUUGUGUGUGUUUUUCAGAGCUACUAACCUUUAAAUCAAGUUCACGUAAAAAAAAUGGUAUCGCUGUUCUAUGUUAUAAUCAGAACUCCAAGAUAAAUCUUGUUUUAUGAGCUGACAUCUGCAUUGUCCUGUGAUCAAUGUAUUUAUUAUAAUUGUAUACUAUUAUUAUGCCUUUCGAAGAAAAGGGGGCAUAUAGUGAUCAGACUGUCCGUCUGUCUGUCCGUCUUUCCAUCACACUUUGCGUUUAGGUUUCGAAAAAUGCUCAUAACUUCUAUGUCCCUUGAGAUAUAACCUUCAUAUUUGGUAUGCAUCUGUAUAUGGACAAGGCCUUUCCAUACGCACAAUUUUUUUUACCCCUAUGACCUUGACCUUGAACUUAGGGUCCACGUUUAGGUUUCGAAAUCUGCGUUUAGGUUUCAAAAAAUUCUCAUAACUUCUAUGUCCCUGGAGAUGUAACCUUCAUAUUUGGUAUGCAUGUGUAUAUGGACAAGGCCUUUCAAUACGCACACAAAUAUUUACCCCUGUGACCUUGACCUUGAACUUAGGGUCCGCGUUUAGGUUUCGAAAUCUGCGUUUAGGUUUCGAAAAAUGCUCAUAACUUCUGUCUCUUGAGAUAUAACCUUCAUAUUUGGUAUGCAUGUGUAUAUUGACCAUGCCUUUUCAUACACCUAAAACAUUUUAACCCUGUGACCUUGACCUUGAACUUAGGGUCCGCGUUUUGGUUUCGAAAUCUGCGUUUAGGUUUCAAAAAAUGCUAAUAACUUCUAUGUCCCUUGAGAUAUAACCUUCAUAUUUGGUAUGCAUGUGUAUAAGGACAAGGCCUUUCCAUACGCACACAAAUUUUGACCCCUGUGACCUUGACCUUGAACUUAGGGUCAGCGUUUAGGUUUCAAAAUCUGCGUUUAAGUUUCGAAAAAUGCUAAUAACUGCUAUGUCCCUUGAGAUAUAACCUUCAUAUUUGGUAUGCAUGUGUAUAUGGAUUAGGCCUUUCCAUAUGCACACAAAUUUUGACCCCUGUGACCUUGACGUUGAAGAUAGGGUCCGCGUUUAGGUUUCGAAAUCUGCGUUUAGGUUUUGAAAAGUGCUCAUAACUUCUAUGUCCCUUCAGAUAUAACCUUCAUAUGUGGUAUGCAUGUGUAUAUGGACAAGGCCUUUCAAUACGCACACAAAUUUUGACCCCUGUGACCUUGACCUUGAACAUAGGGUCCGCGAUUAGGUUUCGAAAUCUGCGUUUAGGUUUCGAAAAAAGCUCAUAACUUCUAUCAAGCGUUUAUAGGGGGCAUAAGUCAUCCUAUAUGGUGACAGCUCUUGUUUUUUAUCUAUUAAACAAUAAAAUAUGCGUAUAAAUGUC